CCUCGCGGCGGCGGUUUGCUCGGCCCCGGUUCCCUCCUCUUCUCUUCUCGCCGCCGCCGCUUCGCCUCGCUCCUCUCCGGGAGGCUCCGAGGACGGCUUGUGAUGCACAACCUGGAGACAUCAGAUCUCAAAUUGCUGCUGGAGGUGAUUAAUACGGGCGCAGUCUUCUAGGGGACAGGAGGCGGCUUUCUGUUAAAGGUGUAGUACCUGACCCAGGCGCUGGUGCCGAGUUGUACCGAGGCCAACGCAACCCAACCGCUGGGAACACCUUGAGGAUCCCCUGGAGCAUCGCAUUCGCCCAUUCAGAGCGUGGACAGGAGUUUGGCAUUGUGAUUUUACAGAUCGCCGCCGGUAGCGGAGCACAAAGGGGACGGCGAGACUCCCGCAUCCCUCAGCGAGAAGAAAGGAGUCAGCGGAGCAGACUAACACGGACUUGUGUCGGGUGGCCUUGCCCUACAAAGGCUGCCUUUAAAAGAGAAACGCAGUGUUAUUUAAUGAGCUGUGAGAUGAGGCGCUGCUGCUAACGCUCAGAUCCCGGGAUUCAUCGGCUCUUCAUUGUGCUUAAUGUACAUGUUUCUGCACCGUGCAUUUAGGAGAUCCCAGAGAAGAAUCCAAAACGGCUGCGGGGGAAAGACCACCAAACAUGCCUACAGAAACACUACCGACAGGUAGCAUGGUGAAGCCAGUCAGCCCUGCCGUGACUUUCACGUCCGCCGUUCCUCUCCGCAUCCUGAACAAAGGACCCGACUAUUUUCGCAGGCAGGCGGAGCCUAAUCCAAAAAGACUGAGCGCGGUGGAGAGGCUAGAAGCCGACAAGGCGAAAUACGUCAAGAGCCAGGAGGUCAUCAACGCCAAGCAGGAGCCCGUGAAGCCGGCGGUGCUGGCGAAGCCGCCGGUCUGCCCCGCAGCCAAGCGAGCGCUGGGGAGCCCCACCUUGAAAGUCUUCAGCAACAACGCCAAGACCGAGAGCGGCGUCCAGAGAGAAAAUCUGAAACUCGAGAUUUUGAAGAACAUCAUCAACAGCUCCGAAGGCUCCAGCUCGGGUUCAGGGCAUAAGCACGGGCCCCGAAACUGGCCGCCCCACCGAGCCGACUCGACGGAGCUGAACCGACACUCGUUUGCUGAAUCUUUGAAGGUUUACCCCACGCAGGGCCGUAGCAGCCCGCAGGAGAGCAGCUCCAAUGUCAGCAGAAGGCUCCUAGAUCAAUCGGCAGAGACUUUCUUGCAUGUCUCUCACAGCUCCUCAGACAUUAGGAAAGUAAAUAGCGCAAAGCCCUUAAAAGCAAUACCCUGCAGUAGUUCAGCCCCACCGCUGCCUCCAAAGCCCAAAAUCGCUGCCAUCGCCACCCUGAAGUCCCCAGAGAUUGAGGCAGUUGAGUCUGGAUGCGGAGUUAGUCGAAGACCCUCCCUACAGCGAUCAAAAUCAGACUUAAGCGACAGAUACUUUCGUGUCGACGCAGAUGUUGAACGAUUCUUUAACUACUGUGGACUGGAUCCUGAAGAGCUUGAAAACCUCGGGAUGGAAAACUUUGCAAGGGCUAACUCUGAUAUCAUAUCCCUCAACUUUCGCAGUGCAAGUAUGAUUAGCUCAGACUGUGAACAGUCUCAGGACAGCAACAGUGACCUUAGAAAUGAUGACAGUGCCAAUGACCGUGUGCCAUAUGGCAUUUCUGCCAUUGAAAGGAAUGCCAGAAUCAUCAAGUGGUUAUAUAGCAUCAAGCAAGCUAGAGAGUCACAGAAAGUGUCCCACGUGUGAGAGAAAAAUCCACCGUAGAAAAAGCAAGGACUGUAUCUUUGUCUGUGAAUAUUCAGUUGUGAAGGGUUGUGAAGUCUACUUGAAGUCUUGUACACUUCUCAAAUCUCUUUGUGUUGCUUGUUGUGCAAUGUUUCCAAGUUGCAUGCCUGUCAACAUGUGAGCUGACCUGGCUUCCACUUGAACAAUAACUAACUACAAAGCCUGGCUGAGCAUACACAUUGUCUGCCAAAAGUUUAAGACGAGAAUCUGAUUAGGGCUUCAGUAUAAUCCAAGUGUUUACAUGGAAAGGUUAUAUGACUUCUUUGGUAUUUAUGUGGUUCCUUGUGGAUUUUAUAUAUGUCCCUUUUUGUCUUCAUACAGAUAUUGUCAACUGAUGUUACUAGUUUCUGAGUUGAAACAGAAUCCCUGUGGGGGGGAAAGAAAAGCAAAAUUGGCCAAAAUAAGAGGUUUAGGCAUAUGACUAUAUGCAAAGCAGCCUUAUUUCUCGUAGAAAGUGCAUUAUUGGCAUGUGUAAAGCAAUUUCUAAAAGGCAAAGAAUGCUACAUUCUUAAAUUAUGUAUCAUUGUUAAACGCUGUAUCCCUACUUGUAGUAAGGGACUGUUCAGUAAAGGUUUCUUUUUUCUACGUAAGUUCCCUCAGUUUUACAGCAGAAGUAGUCUAGUGAAUCUGCUUGACCUCUCAUAAACUGAAUGAGUCUUGCAUUUGGGUUGGUGUAAGCAUUUUAAUGAUUUUGUAUUAUCCCUGUUGGAAAAGCUUAAAGAAGGUUGGAGUCAACAAAUGAAAAUGACGUAGGUGCGGGAUUUUGUGGGUUUGCUUUUUACUCAAAGAUUCCUGGUCUUAAACUUUUGACAGGAAUGAUUAGAUCCUAUAGCUGAUAUUGAAUGUCUUUAUUAGUCAAACACAUCAUGACUACAAACUCCAUGCUGUCUUUUAAGUUUUUGUAGACCUAUUUGAACAGUUAACGAACAAAAAUGGAAACACACAGCCAUAUCAAUAUAACACCUCCUACUCAGAAGUAAAUACACUCAGUAGCUAAACUAUAUCUGAAAAAUUGUGAUUAUGUUGUCUUGCAUAUGUUAUAUCUAAGGCUGUGAAAGUUUGUUACAGCUCUAGGAAAGUGUAGGAACAUGACAGUAUGUAGCUUUUCUUUCUUUUUUUUAUUUUUUUUUUCCUUUCCCUCCUUAUGAUGGUUAGUGCUGCAGGUCAACCUGUUACAAAUCUUUUGACAAUCUGUGUCUUCCCAGUGGUUUUAUUAACUGUCAUUUCAACUGACAGUGGUGGCAUGGUAGCAGAGAAGUUGAAAGUACAGUGGUCUGCUUCAUUAUUAUUGUAUACAUGCUUUGAAGUAAAUUGCAGCACUACCUUAUACUUCAUCAGCUAAUAGGAAACUUUUUUAUUGUGUAAAUGCUGUAAGACUUUGUAUAUACUUCAGUUGUUACGAAAUCUUUAAAAGGAAGAGUGUUAUGCUAAUAAAUAGCUCCUGGUGCAGGUAUGGUAGGUUUUUUGUUCUUUUUUACCCCCCUCAUUCUUAAAACUAUAUCAGGAACUCGAUCGCAGUGUGUUUUAGUGCUGUAGAAGGUCUUGGUUAAAUAAUAGUUCCAGUAAAAGGUUUCUUUUACUAAAGUGCUUUUCAGAAUAUAAUUUUUUAUAAAGUAACUAUAGCAGCAUGAUCUGUCUGAAGAACUAGAAGAGAUUUUCAAGACUCCUAAAAUAGCUUGCUUCUUCCUUACCUAGCAAUGUUACUGUUCCCAUUUAUAUCAUCUGUUCAUAAUGAAUCACCACAGUCUUCUGAAUUAUUCUUCAGUAGUGCUUAUUUAUAUAUUUGAAUAUUAAAGAUGUUUUAAAAAGUUGGGUUCCAUCUUUUCUCUAAGAAGCCAGUAGCCCAGCUUGUUACCGAUAGCCACAGUUAUUGCAGGUGAGACCAGAUGCAGAGCCACACAGUCAUUUGUCGCCUAUAGAAUUAUCCUACAUCGAGUUUUAUAUAAUGGUUUUCCAAAUGAUUGUUCAUGGGGGGAAAAAUGCACACGUACCAUUUCAGGAGGCUACUUUGUGGUUUUUACAGUUGGCUUCACAACCUAAGACUUACAACAUUCCUAGUUCGGUCAAAAAAAAUGAGGAGCUAUGUAUUUCAGCUACAGGCACAUUUGUGACAUUUUAAGCUCCAUGGGUUUCAUUUGGCAUUGACAUCACACUGUUUUUUCAAGCAUAUUUUUCCAAUAGUAAGUUCUACUCAGUUCAGUGACUAUUUUGCCAAGGAAAAUAAUGCUUAAGGGAUUAAAGCCAAGUGUAAUGCAGCUGUACAGCAAUGAAAUAAAGGAGUUAAAACUGAAAUAAAAAUGCA